GAACCAGCACUUCCUUAUUUAUAGUGCAAGAUUGACAUCAGCGGAAGAGAACACCCUUUAAAUACCGACAUUUACCUUUCUAAUCCUGUUUACUGUUUGCCCGCAAUAAGCAAUCGUUGCAAUACAGUUGGAAAAUAGAAUUAUGUAGCUGGAAUAGCCAUUUGGUGAGGGUGGGUUCGUCGCAAAGACUGGAAGGUCCUUUUUGAGAAACAAACUGUGCUUCUACUUCCUGGUUAUUCUGUUCAGCAACAAGUAACAGUGUCCUUCGAGGAACCAUAUAGUGCAAAACUAUGAAGUAAAGAAGUCUGUGAACCUCAACAGUUGUGUAGCCUGAAGCAAAAAUAGUUACAGUAAAAACAAUUCAUUUUAAGAAGAUACCCCCUAAUUAUUUGGCCGAAGAAUGCCCGCUGGAGUGUGUGGCUGCUGUGGUCCCCUGCGACCUCGAUACAAACGGUUGGUGGACAACAUCUUUCCUGAAGACCCCAAAGAUGGCUUGGUGAAGUCGGACAUGGAGAAGUUGACAUUCUAUGCCGUGUCUGCUCCUGAGAAGCUAGACAGAAUUGGAGCCUAUCUGGCAGAGAGGCUCAGCAGAGAUGUGGUCAGGCAUCGCUACGGAUAUGUUUUCAUUGCAAUGGAAGCCCUGGACCAACUCCUGAUGGCCUGCCAUUCCCAGAGUAUUAAACCAUUUGUGGAGAGCUUCCUUCAUAUGGUUGCAAAACUGCUCGAGUCAAGGGAACCUGAUCUGCAAGUCCUUGGAACCAACUCUUUUGUCAAGUUUGCUAAUAUUGAGGAGGACACCCCUUCCUAUCAUCGCCGGUAUGACUUCUUCGUUUCCCAGUUCAGUGCAAUGUGCCACUCCACUCAUGAGGAUCCUGAGACCAGAACCAAGAUACGUGUUGCUGGAAUCAAAGGUUUGCAGGGGGUGGUCCGCAAGACGGUGAAUGAUGAACUGCAGGCAAUAAUCUGGGAGCCACAGCACAUGGACAAGCUUAUCCCAUCCAUGCUGUUCAACAUGCAGGAGGCUGAGGACUCUGACAGAGCCGGUCUUCCCACCACUCCCUCGGGCAGAGAGAGAGAUGAAAACCCCGCCACCUUGGCAGAGAGCUGUUUCAGAGAGCUGCUGGGACGCGCUGCCUACGGCAACAUGAACAACGCUGUGAGACCUGUGUUGGUGCAUUUAGAUAAUCAUCAUCUCUGGGAUCCUAAUGAAUUUGCUGUUUCGUGUUUCAAAAUUAUUAUGUACUCCAUUCAGGCCCAGCAUUCCCACCAUGUAAUACAGCAGGUCUUGAGCCACCUGGAUGCUCACAACAAGGAUACCCCUCGGGUCAGAGCAGGCAUUGUGCAGGUCCUCCUGGAAACCGUUGCCAUAGCGGCCAAAGGAUCCAUAGGCCCUACAGUUCUUGAGGUGUUCAACACCUUGCUGAAGCACCUGCGGAUGAGUGUGGACUUUGAGCUGGGAGACAGGCGCAACUCUGCGAGCAGUGUGAGCACCAACUCCCGAGAGAGCGAGGAGAGGAUAGUGCAGAAUGCCAUCAUCCAGACCAUUGGAUUCUUUGGAGGGAAUCUCCCAGAUUAUCAGCGGGCAGAGGUUAUGAUGUUCAUAAUGGGGAAAGUCCCAGUUUACGGAACACCCUGUCAUACUCUGGAUACUGCACAAAUCGGCAGCAGGGACCUGGGGACUAAACGCAUUCAGGUCAUGCUUUUGAGGUCACUUAUUAUGGUGACCUCAGGUUACAAGGCGAAGACCAUAGCCUCGGCCCUCCCCGCGCCCUUCCUGGACCCUUUGUUUUCAAUCUCCCUCAUGGAGGACAGUGAAUUGAGGCAGCUCGUCUUGGAGAUUCUGCACAACCUCAUCGAUCGCCAUGAUAACAGGGCCAAGCUGCGUGGGAUAAGAAUUAUCCCAGAUGUGUCAGCUUUGAAGAUCAAAAGAGAGAAGAUCUCUAAACAAGAUGUCAGCUUCAUGAAAAAGCAUGGACAGCAGCUGUACCGUCACAUCUACCUGGGGUGCAAGGAAGAAGACAAUGUGCACAAGAACUUCGAGCUGCUCUUCACUGCCCUGGCUCUCAUCACCAUAGAACUGGCCAAUGAAGAAGUGGUGAUUGACCUAAUCCGCCUGGCUAUCGCUCUGCAGGACAUGGCCCUCGUCAAUGAAGAGAACUUGUCCAUGUUCAUCCGCUGUGGAACCAUGGCCCUGGUGGCAGCCUAUUUGAAUUUCAUAAGUCAAAUGAUUGCAAACCCCCCCUUCUGCCAGCAUGUCAGCAAGGUUAUUGAAAUGAGGAACCUGGAGGCACCUUACCUUUUACCAGAGCAUAUCUUCAGAGAGAAGUGCACAAUUCCCAAGUCUCUGGACAAGGAAAAUAAGAGCCUUUUCUUUUUGACUAAUGAAAUUUCUGAGUCUUUGGCUGGUCCAAGUUAUAGUGUGGACAGGUUGUCUGUGCCCUAUGUUCCUCAAGUGACAGUCCUUUAUACCGUAGGGAAGAUCCUGCACAAGUGCAGACAAAAGUCCAGAGAUGAAGACCGACUUUCCAGGAGGAAGAGUAUAGUGGAUACCAUUUCAAUUCAGGUUGACAUUCUUUCCAGCCAUCAACCAGACAAGUCACAGAAAACGGAGGAAAUAACCUUUGAAACGCUGAAGAAAGCUAUUGAUACCACUGGUCUGGAAGAACAGGAGAAGGAAAAGAGACGUCAAGUGAUCGAGAAGUUUCAAAAAGCUCCAUUCGAGGAGAUCGCUGCCCAUUGUGAAUCUAAGGCAAAUCUGCUCCACGAUAGGCUGGCCCAAAUCUUUGAGCUAACAAUCCGACCUCCCCCCAGUCCAUCGGGAGCAGUUACGGUCUCAGCAGGACAUGCCCAGUACCAGUCCGUCCCAGUGUAUGAGAUGAAGUUCCCAGAUCUCUGUGUCUAUUAGCUAUGGGCCUUCAUGAUGAGGAAGCAGUUAUGUGGUGUUGAUCCAUUUAGACUGUUGUAAUCAUAAAGAACACAGAAUUAAUGAUGGGUUUAAUUAUACAUCACAACAGUGCAGAAACAAAAAAUAUCACCUAAAAAAAUUAGAGCAAAGAGAUGAGUUUUUUUUUUCCUCUAAAAUCCAUCUUGCUGGCUGACCUGCCAGUUGCAGCCUUAAUGUGAAGGGCUGUUACAGUUUCCUCUCUGAUCAGGCAUGAAUAUUCACAUUAUCUUUCAAAGGGUAAAAUUUUCUUCUAUUUUAUACAUUACAAAAAUUGAGUUUAAUACAUUUUAGAUUCCUUUAAACAAGUUAAAGUGAUAUAUAAUUAAUUUGAUUAAAAUAUAUUGAACUCUUUACCAUACUUCCUCUUCAGAUAUCCACUUUGUUGCUUUUUACAGCUAAUAAAAGCAAUAUUGUGCCUGGACCCAACCACAUAAAGUUUCCCUGUUUGUCUACAGUAUAUAAAUGACAAGGAACUUGAAAUGAUUGUUUUGGUGGUCCACUCUUUUUUUACUUUGGUUUGCUGCUUAAUUUUGACCAAAAAGUGAUCCAUGAACCAAAAAGAUAAAAAAAAAGAUACAAAGAUAAACAAAAAAAAACAAAGAUGAAAAAGGAAAAUAUGACCAACACUUAAACCCCUAAACAAUAUAAAUUAAAGCUAUAAUGAUCUUAUUCUUUAUUAAGGAUUAUAAUUUGGACUAUCCCCCCAAAAAACUGAAAGAUUUCCAAGCUACAACAUAUUCUUUUCAUAUUUAGAAUGUUUUCAUAGUCGUAUGAAAGUGAAAAGAAAUAAUUUACUGUGAAUGCUUUACUGUCAAAUUUGUUAUACAUUUUUUAAAUUCAAAUUACAUUUAACAAAAGUACACAUAAAAGAUUCAUAGUAUUACAGUAGAAAAUAUUAUUUUUCCUUGUUGUGUUCAAACGGUCAAAAAGUUACAAAAGCAGGAGUAAACAUGAAUAAGAGUAAAUACAAUUAAUAGUUCUUCCAAUUAAUAUUGUGUAGGAAUAUUUAAAUUUAAAAAAAGUUAAUGGAAUAGUACAUGUCUUUAUUAGGGGUCUCAAACUACGUUCCUGGAAGACCUUGUGUCUUGUAAUUUUUGUUCCAACCUGAGUAUUAAACAAUUAACCUAGUUAUUUUCUCCAGGAAUUGAGUUUGUGACACCUGGUCCACAUGAAUGAAAGGUCAUUUAUUAUUUUGUAUAAUAUAGCACUCCUACUUAGGAGACUGCAGAUGACAGGGCUGUAAAGGGCUUGUCACAAAUAAAAGAGAUCAUACCGAAUAAGAACUGGAAUUUUAAGUUGAUUUUAAAAUAUUGGUUGUGGUUGUUUUACUUAGACAGGUCUCUGGAAAAUGUUCUACCAAACUUUUGAACUUAUAAGGCAUGGGAAAUACUUGAAAAAUAAUAUAUGAUCCUGUGAGUAAACUUUGUGCCAAUAGAAACCCAGCUUGAACUUUUAUUUUAAAUUUUAGAUUCAUAUGAAGAAAUAAUAAAAACAUAUUGACAAAAAUCUAAUAGUAAGGGUGCGGUACCUGAAAUAAGUCCACAUUCAAUAAGUAAUGUUAAUUUGUAUUUUAAAUGGAUCCUUUUAAUCAUAAAUUAAAAGUGCACAUCACGGUCAUUAAAAUAUAUAUAAAUUAAGCACAUUUUAGAGACCUUAGAAAUAUUAUCUUUUAAUAUGUUACUUGAACUGGAAUGCAAGGUUGCCAUGGAAUUCACUGAACAAGAUAAAUGAUUCCCAAGUCUAUCCUUGUUGAAUGUGGACAGAGAGCAUUUGUGUUUUCAACAUUAAACCUAUUAAAACUAGAAUUUACUAUUAUUAAAAUAGAAUAAUAACAAUAUAAUAAUAAGAUACCCAGUGAAAUACCUAAAACAUUAUACAAUUCAUGUCAUCCCAUUAAAGCUUGGUCACUUGUAAAGUCUAUUCAGAACUGAAUCUGACUCUCUUAAAGAGUUGAAGCUAUAGAAUGUACUUUAACAUAUUCAAAUUGUCCUUAGAGCUGUGAAUAAUUACAUGGGCAAUUUAAUUUGUAUGGCAAUUUGGCUGUAUUGUAUAUGUAUUAACCGAUAAAAUGUGUAUCUAAGAAAUUGCUUAUAUAGUAUAGUGUUCUAAGAUAUCUGCUGUAAAUUAGUUUAAUCAUUUAAAAACAAAUUUUAAUUUUUCAAUUUUUAAAGAAUUAAGUCCAAAUCUAAAGGUUCUGAAAUAGGCUUCCUGAAAACAGUGCAAUAUGAUUUCCUUGUUAUUUUCAGGUUAAAAACAAAGAUUUGUCUGCUUCAGAAACAGCACGACAUUGGUCAGUGGACUAAUCGCUUGCAAUAAAAUGCUAUGUAUUGUGUAUCAUUAUCCUUCCUGCUUUUAAGUAAUCAAACUGUUAAAUGUAAUUAAAAAAAAAGCAAUCAUAAAUGUUUCGUUUUGAUUGCAGGAUGGCAUUGAGCCGUCGAUUUCAGCUGAUAGUAUUAUGUAUUAUUCCGUUGUGUAAAAUCACUUAUUUUAGUCAUCAUACGGUAUGUUGUCAUUGAAAGCACUGGAUGUGGCAUUGUUUUAAGUAUUGUCUUGAGACAGUGGUUGAGCGCCAGAAACACUGCUCCCAUUACUGUGUUGAAAUGUUAUAUUGGAAAUGAAGCAGAGAUGGUAUAUGGUUUUUCUGAUUUGAAAGUGUAUGUUUACUUAUGCUGUGGCAAUCGCAAUGCAGUCUUCUGUUUUAUUGUGCUUUCCAGGGUUAGUGUACUGACAUGUAAUUAUUUUUGUGUUAAUUGUGGAGACACGCUGGGAUAAGGAGGCUGCUGGAUGAUUAAUGCAGACACAGAGCAAAUAAGUACAUGGAAGAGCGUUUGCAUCAGCUGUGUAUUAAUGAAUUGUGGUGAUUCUCAAAUUUAUUUAAAAAAACAGAAUUGUUCUUGUUUCCAUAAAUGUUUGCAGCAUGAUAUUUUCUUUUUUUUUACAAAACUUGCAUCAAUUCUUAUUUGGAAUUCAUUUUUUGCAUUAUGUCUGCAUUUGUAAUUUCGUGUUCUCAGACCUUUGACUUGAAAAUGUUAAGAAUAAGAAAUAAAAGAGAAAAAACUACAGUUGAAGCAUAUUAAUUUACAUGUCCUUUUUGGAACAAAGCAGACUUUAACUGAAUUCUGCAGUACAAUUACACUGUAUUUCUGAUUUGAGUACUUUCUCCGUAGCAAGAUACAGAUCUCUGCUCUGCUGUUAAAUAAAAUUUCACCUUCAGCAAUGAAACAUUCCAGAAAAAGCUUUUUUCCUGAAAAAUAGUAAAUAUAAUCCAAAUAUUCACACUACAUUGAAGAUAUGUAAUUUAUUACAAAAAACACUAAACACGAGGCUUUCUUUGUACAAUUACAUUUUGAAAUGAUGCCUUGAGAUGGACAGUUAUGCCAAGACAUGUUGUGUUAGGUGGAAAUUUAUUUUCCAUUAUUGUACUUUGAUAUGCUCUUAAAAAUAACUGAGAAGAUUAAGACUUAUUUCUCGGACAACAUGUUUUUGAUGAUGUUGGUGAAACAGAAAUAAUGAACCUGUUUGGGUUACAGUUAUACAGUAUAUGGACCAUACAGUAUAUGGAGUUAUGAAAUGCUUUAGAUUUUUGGAAACUGUCCUGCUCUUUCAACUAAGAUAAAUGUUUAUGCUCUGUUUUGCUAUCCCUUUUUAUAGUUAAAUGAACUCAUUUUAUAAGUUAAAUGAACAGGCCCAAAUGCUACUUUACAUGGACAUAACUGAAGGUUCUGCAUAGAGGUAAUAUCAAGGGAAAUAUCAUGCCCUUGAAGUCGGCCACUGUAUUCACUUUAAAAUGAAAUGUUUAUAUAUGCUCUGUCUUCCACAUGCACAUGUUAUGCACUUAGAAAAAAUGAGGAAUGUUUACAUGUUAUGUAAGAGAAUUGUGGACUCCUUGUGGGGCCUGUGCUGAUGACUUGCAUACCAGUUCUAUAAGAGUAUUACUGUUCAGGUCUUCCAACUUGUGAACCACCAAGAUUUCUUGGGCAGUGUUUUUGGCAGGUGUAUGGAACACUUGUCAUUUCUGAUGCAUGGACUGUUUUCUUAAGCUUUAAUUAUGGUUACAUUCACUUUACAAAAGCAGCAAUUGUGUGAUUGCCUCCAGAUAUUCAAGCUUUAAUAAUUUUUCAUUUUUAUUACAAAAUUGUAAACAGAGAUAUGGGAUGUGCAGGUAACAGAAGUCUAGUGUGUAAAAAUGUCCGUCGCAGUUCUAGGGUCUGUAUUACUCUUCUCUUCCAGCAGCCUUCUUCCCAUUUCUUACAAAUAUCC